ACUCAGUCUUGUGCUCUCAGCCGCUUGCGCCUCACGCUAAAUCCAAUCGACAAAAAUACGUGAAUCAAGCAACUAUUACAUAUAUAUGUAUAUAUAGCACUAGGUGUUUUAAAUUUUUCUCAUCUUAAACUAUAAAACUAAAGUGUAUAUGUUUAUACAUACAUAUCUAUCACUUGAAAACAUUUUUUCGAAGAGUUUUUGAGAGUUAUGUAGCUGCAACAGCACCGCUCGGAGUCGGAGAAUUUGUGCGUUAAAAAACUAUUUUCAAAAGUUUGUAUAUUUUGUGAUUUACGCAUUCAAGAAAAUAAUAUAUGCUUUGAGUUUGAUAUGUUGUGACAAAAGAAAAAAUUGUUUAUAAUAAAUUUUGCUAAAUAUCUCGCUAAUGAUAAUGUUGAGCGAUCUCUACUGAGGUUUUUUCUAUAAGUAAAAAAGACAGUGUAAUCUAAAAAAAUAUAUUUCAAUUGUAUCAAAAGUGAAAAAUUUCACGAUCAUAAUGUAAUCAAGGAAAAAGUCAACAAUAUUGUUUUACACUAUAAAAAGGGAAGGGAAAAAAUGACUGGCAAUCAUUCUAAAGAUGGCCAAACAUGGCGAUUAGGUUUUCAAUGUCUGAAGAUACUUCACAUAUAAGUUCAACGUCGACAGGAAGAAAAAAGAGAGGCAGCUUGGAGCGAAUAAAUGAUUUAAAGCAACAAAGUCAAGAGAACUUAAAAGGUACUACAGUCUCAAAAAAACAAACCACUAACAAAUGCUCAAAUAUACGAGCAAUGCAACUUUUUUAUGAAAUGAAACAAGAAUUUCCCAAUAUACCAGAUGAUGUUGUUAAUCAUCACGUUAUAGACAAUAUCCACGAUCCUGAAAACUGUAAGGCCAAACUAAAGAAUGAAAUAGAUUCUUGUUUUGUACCAGUCCAAUCCUAUCCACAACAACUGCUUAAAGUUUUGAACCAAAAUUUGUUGAAACAACAAGCAGACACUAAAAGCUCAAAACCAUUGAGAAAUCCUCAAUCAAAACUUACUAACAACUGCACUGAAAAACACCUGGAUGAAAACGGCGAAUCCUUAUUAUUAAAUGAAGAUAUCAGUUUUGUGCAUCAAAAUUCUUUUAAUCGAACAAAGUGCAAACAAAUUUCAACGCCGGACAUCAAAGAUAUGCGUUCCGGAGUGUGUAGUAUUCAAAUAACAACUUAUUCAACAGAACAGCCAAGGAAACAUGCCGCAUUGGAAAAAGAAAAAGAUAAGUUAAAACUACCACAGGCUAUUCAGCGGCCGACAACCUUAAAUUUAAAAAAAGAUCAUCAAGAUAACGAUAUCUCAAAUUAUCAGCCAAUACAAAAUACAUCAGUUGAUUCUUCUUCGAUCUUUUUAUCAUCUAACCCUCAGGCCCAAAAUAUUUUUAAGGGUAUAAACACAGUCACAACUAUUCAAAGCCCCACAGCCUUCACAGACCGUGGAAAGUCUGAAAUUCUAGUCAACGUAUCUCUUUCGCCAAGUUCACGUCGCAACCGAGUCAGUGGAACGCAACGUUAUCAGUCUACAAUUAAUGUCCGUCCCGAAUUACCAUUUACCCGUAACUUAGAAUCGGCAACCGCGAAUAAUCAUAAGAGUUACACAUCGGUAAAUUUAGUCUUGCGUCAACCAAGUGCAAAUCCUCAGUCUCCGAUAGACAUAACAGUUGGACCAAACCUUACGUAUUCCAGUUCAUCAUACCAUGCACCACAUGGGUAUCAGAACAAUUAUCAGAUAACAGUGACAGAUGAAUGUGGAGUCUUCAGUGCUUUUCGUAUAUCCCCAUUAAAUUAUAAUAGUUCAAGACUUGAUACUUUAGAAAAAGAUAACUGUGAUGGAACUCCAAACGAGUUAAAUGUUCAAGCUGGAAAUUGUUCGAGUUUACAAAAUUUGAUUGUAAAAGCAACAAAUUCAAGUGGACAGAGUGAUGCUCGUAAAAUAAUAAUGAGACAACAUAAACAAAAGGAGCGUAUUUUGGAAGUUCUUUGGAAAAAUAAAAAUAAACUCAACCUUGUCCACAAAGAAAUAGAUUUUGUAAUGCAAACGGAAAUCAGCGAUAGUAUAGCAGAAAGCUUUGACAAGGAAAUAGGUAGACUACGAUGUGACUGCCAGGCGAUGUUGAAUGAGAUUGAAAAUUCAAGGAAAUGUGGUCUGAGAGCAGAAAGUAUUCAUCAAACUAGUACCAAUAAAAGUAGACAAGUUAAUUCAUUCCCAAAGUAUAAAGCUCUUUGUUAUCCCGCUUCUCAAUCAAAUAAUAAUGGUUCACAAAAGCAACAGCGAUCGUUCUCAAAUGAAGCUGCCGCUUCAAUAGGACAUCCAUCGACAGCUUACCGUGAUAAAAACUUCAACUUUAGAGAAGGAGACUAAAGCCUUAAGGGUUGUUGAAAUAUAUGUACAUUCCAGAAUCACCCGCUAUUAAAUGCAAACAUCUUUGUAAAUGAACUACAUGGUAUGAUAGAAAUAUUAAAUUCAAAACAACGAUAGGCUGUUUUGAAAAUAUAGAUAUUGUUAAAUGUGGAUGUAACAUUGUGUCAGUUAUUUUAUGCAAAUUAAUUUUUAAUUAGAUUGCCUCCUUUUCUGAAGAUAAGAAAUAAAACAAAAAUAUGAUUGUAAUAAAUAAAAAUGAAAUUGAAAAAAUAAUAAGAGUAUAUCUGAUGUUUAUCAAGUUUAACCU